AUGUCAAUAACAACGUUUUAUUACAUACUUUCUCAUCUGAGUGAUGAUUUGAAAGCUCGCCGAACACAUGUAUCGUUACCUCCUGAAGAAGCAGUAGCCGUCACGUUGAGAUACCUGGCGACUGGUUCAACAUUAUCGGAUAUGUACUACAAUUACCGAAUUGGCGUUGCAACUCUCAGCCAAAUAAUACGACACGUUUGUCAGAAGAUAUGGAUUUUAUUAAGACAUCGACAUCUACCAAAACCCACAGAAUAA